AUGGCAACCGUAAGCCAGACAAAGUCUCCGCUUGUACUGGACUUGCUGACGAGGAAGAUAGCACGUCUAUCCGACGGCAUUGCUAUCAUGCAUUCUGGGCUUGCUGCGGAUGCGAGGAUUUUGACCAAGAAAGCAGAGGCGUGCUGUUUGGGAUACAAGAGCAAGUUUGGUGAACAGGCUAUCAUCCCCGUCGGCAACCUCGUCACAGAAGUUGCUUCGAUCUUGCAAGAGUAUACGCAAAUGGGAGGCGUUCGACCUUUCGGUGCAGCGUUCCUAGUGGCAGGCAUAGAUGAUGAUGGCCAUGGUUUGCUCUACCGACUUGACCCCUCCGGGAGCGUUACAUCCUGGAAAGCUGCGGCGAUCGGCAAAGGCUCAGCAGAAGCUGAAGUGAUACUGCACGAUGAGUUCGAGGACUUGGUGGAUAGAGAUCAUGCGCUGGAACUCGCACUUUCGAUUGCGUUGAGAUGUUCCAGUGGCACGACAGAAGAGGACGUUGAAACGGCUUAUAUUGAGAGGGGCCAUAGAUUCGAUGGUGGCUAGAGAUAAAGGCGAUGCAAGUUUUUCAACAACGACGCAACUGAGAUACGUCGUACAGAGAAGUACUUCGUAGCGUACACAUGACGUUCCUGCCCAAUAAGAGAUGCCUUCCCACCGCGAACACACAGCAUGAUCAUGUUGUAGUGGACUGGACGGCACUACGCCCAGGUGGGCAGCAGCAGCAUAAUAAGUUUCCAUUUCCAGCUUUCGUAGCGUGAAACGGUGAAACUAAAAAAUAAUUACCAU